ACACAGGGAAGGACAGGAGUCUGGUGUGUGGCGAAUGACGAUGGAGUUUAAUCUCUUGGAGAUGGUUCUGGGGAAGGUUUUCCCAAAAUGAACUGGUAAGUCCCAAAGUGCUGCUCUGGAGGAGGAGAAGGAGGACGAGGACGAGGAGGAGGAGAUCUUCUUUUAUCCACUCCAUUCGUUUUUUUUUUCCUGGUCUGUGUGUGAGAGACAGCAGUUUGUGUCUGACCGCUGAUUCAAGAAUUUACUGGCUAUGGCAGUCACCGCGACGGAUCACUCGCCUAUCGUGGGCAUCAUCGCUUUGCUGUCGAUGGUCAUCGCCGUGCUGGCCGUGGGCGUGCGGCUGGUGAUCAAAUAUGUCAUUACCAAGGGGCUCUCGAUGGACGACUACUUGAUUCUGGUGGCGGUGCUUUUCUGCGUUGUUCAGUCUAUCUGUAUCGUCGUGGCGGCUACCCAUGGCUUGGGUAAGGCAGAGAGUUCUCUGUCAGAAGACAACCUGGAUACUGUCUUCAAGGCCGCCUACGCUGCAGAGAUUCUGUACGUCGCAAGCCUCACGUUCGCAAAACUGAGCUCCCUCGCGUUUGUAUCCUUCUUGACGCAGCGCAUCGGUAUGAAAGAAUGGAUUUUUGGCGGCGCGAUUCUCGUCUGGGCCUUCACCGCAGAGUUUGCCGUUGCUUUCCAGUGUCAGCUUCCGCGACCGUGGACGGGGCAAUGUUUCGAUAGGGACGCCUGGUGGACGUACUUUGCAGUGAACAACAUGCUCAUCGAAGCGGCACUCAUCGUCUUGCCUGCUCUUCUGGUUAUACGUCUGCAGACGGCCAAGAAGAAAGCAGCCCUCAUCUGCUUUCUCUUGAGAAUUGUGGUCAUCGCUGUUAUCAUCCUUGAACUCUACUAUCGACACCGGACCACUCAUCCUAGCGCCCUGACAGCAUGGCCUGUCAGUGUCUGCAUGCAGAGCGUGCAGAGUCUCGCGAUCCUCGCCGCAUGCAUUCCAUAUCUGAAACCGUUCAUGGAGGGUCUCCAAUCCACCGGCCUGCAUCCCUACCUGUACCCCAAACAGUCACAGGGCAGUUACGCCACGCGCAGCAGGAAAAACUUCGGCUCCCAAGAGCUACGGAAACUGGCCGGCGUAACCAACCGCACGAAUGUUAGUACAGACCCGCAGGAGUGGGAGGCCCAAAGCCAGUCGAGUCAAAGCCACAUCAUUAUCCGGGAAACCAGAACGUGGGCUGUGGAUGUCCAGAGUACGGCAGGUGGAGACUAAUCAUUUAAUAUUACCAUGAUCCAUCCAGUCAUGCCAUCACUUCACCAAUCAAUUUACUCUCCUUCUUUUCCUUGAUUCUUCCCCCCCCUUUUUUUCAAUCUACUUAACUUCGUACGCCGAGCAACUGGGUCCGUCCCCCCCACAUAGUAUCCGGAACCCGUCCGAAGCAUCGCAGGGGUCUGCAGUGGUCCGCAAGGUUUAAACUAACUUGGUACUGAUAUACUAUUUUAUUAUUGUCGACCAUUUUUUUCAAUCAUUAAGCAUUUGUUUCGGCCGGCUUGUUACAAAAGAAAGGGAGAGAGGAGCAAGAGGGGAAAAAAAGAGGGAGAAAAACCCCCCCCCCCUUCUCGCCCGUCAUCUUGUGGUCGUUGUUGUUCGUGCCAUCUCGUAACUAUUCCCAGCGUUUCUAUCUCUACUCCCUGCGAUGGAAAACGCCGUUGAGCUUGAUCGCUGGGACAAGC